GCCAGCCUUCCUCCUCCUGCUCCUCCUUGUCCUGCUGCUGCUGCUGCUGCUGCUGCUCCCGCUCCCGGCCUGGCGGUGUGUUGACAAGGCCGGCUCUUCGGGGGAAGGCCGGCAGGAUGUGGCGCCCGCUGGCCCUGGGCUGCCUCCUCUUCCCGGGCCUCUUCUACGCCUGCCUCCGCAGCCUCGCCCGCCUCGCCCCGACAUGGAGCCUCAAGGAGCGCAUCAUCCUCAGCGGAAGGCUCGUGUCGUCGAUCCAGGCCAUCAUGGCUACCAUUUCGGGGAUUGUGGUCAUCUUAAACUGCAAAGACGUGGUGCACAGCAGGCACUGGAUGGCCCAAGAGUACGUGGGUUUCGUGGUCUCUUACAUGACCUAUGACAUUUACGUCAUGUACCUCUGCCACUGGCACAAGUGCGAAGAGCAAGGGACGGCUGCCCGGAAGCAUUCCCUGCUCAGCGUCCAAGCGUUCCUGAAAAAGGAGAAGCUGAUGGUCACCCACCAUCUCUUCAUCCUCAUCGUCCUCACGCCGGUGGCUGUGCACCUGCGAGGCGAACUUGGCGACUUCUUCGUCGGCUGCAUCUUCACGGCUGAGCUGAGCACCCCUUUCGUGUCGCUGGGCAAAAUCCUGAUGCAGCUCAAAAUGCAGGACUCCUUCUUGCACAAAGUCAACGGCAUCCUCAUCUUGGUGACCUUCUUCCUCUGCCGCAUCGCCCUCUUCCCGUUCAUGUACUGGUCCUACGCCCGGCAGAUUGGCCUCCCCAUCUACAUGGUCCCCUUCCGCAUCCCCUUCCAUUGCAACGUCGCCAACGCCUUACUCCUCGCUCCCCAACUCUACUGGUUCGUCCUCAUCUGCCGAAAAGCCAUGAGGCUCUAUAGCAGCUCGCCGGAAACAGCGAAAACCAGAUAACAACCGCUUUGGACCUGGUCUCCAAACCGCCAGGUGCGGACCGAACUGUGCCUUGCCUCUCCGAAUCGGCACCUUCGGGGCGGAAACGCAGGUUGUGAAGCCUUGGGGCUUGCACUGUUUCAAGACUCUUUUGCCCCACGGCCGAACCCUGAGUUACCUCCGUUGCCGUAGGACAGGAACAGGAUUGUUUUUUGGCCUUUCCUCCAAAGUCCAUCGUCCUGGGAUCCGAAACAGCGACCGUUGCCAAGUCGGAUAAUGCGUGCUAGGAUUCAGGGCUAGCAAAACCACAAUUCCUAUGGCCCUGGCUGGUUUUGUCAGCGGAUGUCCCACAUUUUCCUCCUCCGCCCGAUGUUUACCGUCGCCUUUUGCAUCCGCGACUUUAUUCCUCAUUCCUCUUAGUUCCACUUUAAGGUCCUGGAUGCUGAAGAUUUUCACAUUCCUGAGAAUUCAGCUUUCUUUUGAAUGAAAAGAAGGCUUUGCUGUCUUUAAAAAGCCCAAAUGUCUAGUCCUUAUGGAUUCAAGGAUGGAUGUACCUAUUGAAAUCAUGCAGCAACACAAAGUCUUUGCCAGAUUAGGAGUGAGAUUCCAGCACCAGGAGAAGGAUUGUGGGUCUAGUAUUAAGCAAAAACACAGACGACGGUGCUUUGGGGCAGGAACGCAUGGUCCGUCCGAUCUUUGUUUUUGGCUGAACAUUUUUAGGGAGAGAGAAAAAGAAGGCUGCUGCUCAAAAUGGAGACGAGGUUUGGAAGAGGAAAGUGCUCAAAGAACUGGGGUUGGGUUUCGGGUGUUGCAUUUGAGGCACAGAGAAGGGGAUCUCCCUUCCCCUCGAACGUGAAAACACCCAUGACUUUUGGUCGUCUGGUCCUGUUAAACUGGGAGAAGUAUAGGUUGUGGGAUGCACAUGGCCCUCAGUGCCAUUUUUAUGACCCUCAGUGACCAAAAUAUGUGUUCCUUUACAGGGGACCAUUUUUACCACAUCCCCCCCGGGGCCAUUUUAGACCCCAAAGAAGUCUUUGUUCGAAGUGAGCAGGGGUCUCCUGUUGCAAAAAAAGGCCUUUCUUGAGCUUAAAAUGGCCUCAGAAAUGGGGGCCUGUGUCACGCCAUCAUUCCUUCAGGCUGAGAAACCCCAAAACAACCUUUAAUGGUUGCGUACAAGAGAGGAGUUCAGCAGCUAAUGGUUUCAUAGCCAACGGUUUCUGCUGAAAUCCCUUCUUUGCAACCAUGAAUGGUUCAGGAGCCCUCUCCAGUUUGCAAUCUGGCUGCCCUGCCCUGAAUUUAUACUGGGCUGGGAUGAUGGGAUUGGUAGUCCUGCAUGCUGGGAGUGGUGAAGUGGGUGCCUUUUUCUUGCUGUUUAAAACCAGACUCUUUCCUGAUCAUGUUGGGAAGAGAAAAGGGCCAGCUAUCUUAGUGCCUUCUUCAUCUCAACACACCGCCUUAAAAGACUUGGCUCUGCUCAGACUCUUCCUCAGGUGUCCAUGUCACUAUUAAGAAUUGCAUAACGCUGCUCCUGUCUAUUGGUUUUUAGACUGCAAUGCCCAUAAUCCACCACCAUCUGCUGUAAAGGCUAGGGAAAUUAUAUUCAGUGGGUCAUGCUUAACAUAGAGAAGUGCCUCUAGAUGUGCCAAAUGAGACUGACCUGAAUCCUAGUCCUAAGGAGAGUAGACCCAUGGAAUCAGUGGGAUUUACGUAAACGCUGACCAACCAUUCAAUGGAUUGCCUCUAAUUGGGCCUAGCAGGAGGAUUCGGACUUGUGCAUUUAGGCCUACAACUCCCAUCGUCCUAUGCGUAACCUAUGAGGGGAUUAUAACCCAAAACAUCUGUAGGGCCAGAGGUGAAAUGCUCCUCUAUCUUAGCCUUGCAUAUUUUUGAUCAUCACCAAUAAAGUGCCUUAAACACGAGGGGUGUGUGUUUGAAAACACCCCACAACCCGACAUUGAAGCAUCCCAUGUGAGAACUGCACUAAUCCUAGUUUUGAAUCCAUUUUCUGUUCCUUGCGUACCCAUCUGUCAGGUUUAUCUUGCAAGGACCGCUCUGGCCGGCAUGACUGCCGUAUUUAUUUCCCCCGCAAUGGUGCCUAGGCCUGAACAUGCCCCAUCCUCAUAAACACAGGGGUGGGCAACUAUGGUCUUCCCGAACUGCAAUCCCCAUUAUCCUCCUCUGUGAAGGCUAGAGCUGCAGGGAAGUUGCAUUCGCUGCUCUGCCAAAGGACCAUAGAAAAGUGCCUUUUUUAAAGAUGUGCCAAACUCUACUGAAUGCCAUAUGAAGUCUCUCUGCAGAUUGGGAGUAAGUGGGAAGAAGAAGGUUAUGUUUUAUUGUAUAGUAGACCCAUAGAAUCAGUGGGAUAUCCAAAAACGUGGACUCGCUGUUCAAUAGGUCUGCACUGGCUGGGACAACCCCAUAGGAUUUAGACCCUAUAUGUGUCAAUAAAGUAAAAUAGAUAC